AUGGUUACCAACUACGUCAAUGGAGACGCGGGUAGAUGCCCCACGAUUUACUUUGUGGACGAGUACCACCCAGAAGCCGUCAAAUAUUCCCAGGAGCGCGCCCACACGAUCGUUCCAGGCGACCCCGAGCACGCAAACUGGAGGCAGAAUGCCAAAUACGUUCUUGUGGGAGGCACCAAAUUCUCACGCCAAGACAUCGCAUCGUGUCCCAAUCUGCAGGCCAUCGGCAAGAGGGGCACGGGAAUCGACAAGAUUGAUACCGUCGCGUGCAAGGAGCGCGGCAUCAAGAUCUUGAACACGCCGGGCAUUAACGCGCGCGCGGUAGCAGAAAUGGUUCUAGCGCUGACAAUGUCCGUGGCUCGUGAGGUUGGUCGCGCGGCGGUCAAACAACAGCGCGGAGAGCUGGUGACCCGCGGACAAUGGUCGGGGCUCAUGCUACAUAACACGACGGUCGGCAUCAUCGGCAUGGGCAAUAUCGGUGAGCAGGUGGCGCGCAUUUUUCGGGGUGCUUUUCAUGCGGAGGUGAUCGCAUAUGACCCGUAUGUGGCAACGAAGGCGUGGAAAGGCAUUCCACAUACUCGAGCGAAUACGUUAGAUGAGUUGCUCCAAGCCGCGGACGUGGUCACCCUGCAUGUUCCGCUGCUAGACUCCACUCGCAGGCUCAUUUCAUACCGCGAGCUCCACCUGAUGAAGAGGAACGCCAUUAUCAUCAAUGCUGCGCGCGGAGGCAUCGUCGAUGAACGGGACUUGGAACAGGCGCUUCGCGAGGGACUUAUCUGGGGCGCCGGUUUGGACUGCCAUGAGCAUGAGCCGCCCACCAAGGAGCACUAUGCUGCAUUGUGGGAGCUGGGCGUCGUGAGCACGCCUCACAUUGCGGCCAAGACGGCGCAGACUCAGAUGAACACGGCGAUUGCGGCGGUGAAGCAAGUGAUUGACUUUGCUAUGGAAACAGGAUAUCGCUUAUAA